AUGGCGGAAAACUACCAGGUCAUGGAAGAGCUGGGCAGCGGCAGCUUUGGCAAGGUCUUCAAGGCCAUUGAUCGCAAUACAGGCGAGACAGUGGCCAUCAAGCAUAUCGAUCUCGAAGACAGCAGCGAAGAACUGGCAGACAUUCAGGCAGAGAUUGCCCUUCUCAGUACCUGCCACAGCCCCUAUGUGACGGAAUACAAGACGAGUUUCGUCAAAGGCGUCAAACUAUGGAUUGUCAUGGAGUACCUGGGCGGCGGUUCUGCAGCUGACUUGUUGGCUCCCGGCCCCCUCGGUGAGGCGCACAUCGCCAUCAUGUGCCGCGAAUUACUGUUGGGCCUCGAAUACCUCCACUCGACGGGCAAAAUUCACCGGGAUAUCAAGGCGGCCAACGUCUUGCUCACUGACCAAGGCAGAGUCAAGCUGGCGGAUUUCGGCGUUGCGGCGCAAUUGACCAACAUCAAGUCCCAGCGCAUGACGUUUGUCGGCACUCCCUUCUGGAUGGCACCCGAGGUCAUACAAGAAGCAGGGUACGACUUCAGGGCCGACAUCUGGUCGUUGGGAAUUACGGCCAUGGAACUCGCCGAGGGAGCACCACCCUACGCUGGCGCCCAUCCUAUGAAAGUGCUCUUCACCAUUCCCAAAAACCCCGCCCCUCGCUUGCAAGGCGACCAGUGGAGCAAAGACUUCAAAGACUUCAUCUCACAGUGCUUGAUCAAAGACCCCGAUCGGCGAGCUACUGCAAAAGAGCUUUUGAAGCAUCGCUUUGUCCAGCGUGCAGGAAAGGUCGAAGCCCUGCGUGAGCUGGUGGAGCGCAAGCAAAUGUUUGACGCUCAAAGGGAACAAGCCUCGUCCCAUCCCAAAUACUACGAAGAGACUAUGCGGGAAAUCUCCCCGCAGACCGAAGAGGACGACUGGGUAUUUGACACUGUCAAAGCCCGCACCGUCAAGACAACACGUCAGACUACUAAGCGCCGCAAGGUGGCUCGCAUACCAUCUUCGGGACAGGACUCGGUGUCAGACAAGAUGCAACAAUUGGACCUAGAUGCUGCUCCACUGGGCGAGGGAACAGACUCCCCACCUGCGCGACAACGAACAUACUCCAGGAGGGGCUCUCAAGGUACCGCCUUCCGAGUGUCCUCGGGAACACCUACUGCCCGCCGUGUUAGCAACAUGCCCAAGCAGCCUUUGGGUGUGGAUCUCAACUUUGGUAAUUCGCCUUCGACAGUACGACACUUCAAGCGAGUUCCGUCGGGCGAGCGUCGGGCAGCACUUCGUUCCAAUCCUCCCACCACUCCGACCGAGCACAAAAAUCAGUCGUUUCAUCCGAACCCACACGCACCCACCUUCCGUCCAUCGCCUUCCAAGUCGGCUCCUCCUCUGGAAAUGAACAAUGAAAAUGCGCCGCCCACCCCAGAAUACGAGCCUAUGCCAGUCACCAAAGACGCUUUGUAUGGGCGACGAGCUUACAGCAAAGUUCUCGAUUCCGUCUUCCAAGAGGCACACGCUGAUACGGCGUCGGCACAUCAACGAGAUGCUAUUGGCCGUUUGGCUCAAGCAUGGCAGCAUCUUGAUGAAGUGGACCCGCAUGGCGAGUUCAUGCUACUCAAGGCCAUGGUCGACCGGCUCAAGAAUGACACGAAACUUGCCUCCGCACUCGGCAUCGAAGUCACCUCACUCCCAUCCCCAAUGAAGCACAACACUCAAACCAGCGAUACCAGCCUUGGGGGGACCACCGUCGGUACUAACACCACGCGACGAGUGCGAUCAAGCACUACAACAGCAUCUUCGGCAUCGAGCGACAAGUCUUCAGAAGAGUAUGACCAUACCCCAAAGUCAACGCCGUCUCAGACACCAUGCGGGACUCCUUCAGGCAAGGCGGCCUCGCCACGAAAGGCUACGAAGCUGGUCAUGGCGAGAAACAACCCGCAUCUCAAGUCCCAUCGUCGACGACAAAGUGCGUACGCUGUAAGCGAGAAGACGGAUCGUCCUGACAGUGCUUACGGCGCCUUUGACGAGAAGAAGCUUCCCGGCUAUGUUGAACCGGGUAUGGAACAGCAAGGCCUUCUCGCUGAUAUCCUUUACGGUCAAUGGAUGCAAGGACUACGUACACGUUGGCCAAUCUCUUGA